AACCUGAGUGCUCAGUCGUAAAGAGGAAAGGCAGAAUUUUUCCUUGCUAUGGCUGGAACAAAGGCACUUUUGAUGCUGGAAAACUUCAUAGAUGGAAAAUUUUUACCUUGUAGCUCAUAUAUAGAUUCUUAUGACCCAUCAACGGGGGAAGUGUAUUGCAGAGUGCCAAAUAGUGGAAAAGAUGAGAUCGAAGCCGCGGUCAAGGCCGCCAAAGAAGCCUUUCCUGGCUGGUCAUCCCGCAGCCCCCAGGAGCGCUCCCGGGUCCUGAAUCAGGUGGCGGAUUUGCUGGAGCAGUCCCUGGAGGAGUUUGCCCAGGCCGAGUCUAAAGACCAAGGGAAAACCUUAGCACUGGCAAGAACCAUGGACAUUCCCCGGUCUGUGCAGAACUUCAGGUUCUUUGCUUCCUCCAUCCUGCACCACACGUCAGAGUGCACGCAGAUGGACCACCUGGGCUGCAUGCACUACACGGUGCGGGCCGCGGUGGGAGUUGCUGGUCUGAUCAGCCCCUGGAAUUUGCCGCUCUACUUGCUGACCUGGAAGAUAGCUCCAGCGAUGGCUGCAGGGAACACUGUGAUAGCCAAGCCCAGUGAGCUGACUUCAGUGACUGCGUGGAUGUUGUGCAAACUCCUGGAUAAAGCAGGUGUUCCAUCAGGUGUGGUCAAUAUUGUGUUUGGAACCGGGCCCAGGGUGGGUGAGGCACUGGUGUCCCAUCCAGAGGUGCCCCUGAUCUCCUUCACUGGGAGCCAGCCCACCGCCGAGCGGAUCACCCAGCUGAGCGCUCCCCACUGCAAGAAGCUCUCCCUGGAGCUGGGGGGCAAGAAUCCUGCCAUCAUCUUUGAGGACGCCAACCUGGAUGAGUGCAUUCUGGCAACCGUCAGGUCCAGCUUUGCCAACCAGGGUGAAAUCUGUCUCUGUACCAGCAGGAUCUUUGUCCAGAAGAGCAUCUAUAGUGAAUUUUUAAAGAGAUUUGUAGAAGCUACCAGAAAGUGGAAAGUUGGCAUUCCCUCUGAUCCAUUGGUGAGCAUGGGUGCUCUGAUAAGUAAAGCACAUUUGGAGAAAGUCAGAAGUUACAUCAAGAGAGCUCUUGCUGAAGGUGCCCACAUUUGGUGCGGUGAGGGAGUGGAUAAGUUGAGCCUCCCUGCCAGGAACCAGGCAGGCUACUUUAUGCUUCCCACAGUGAUAACAGACAUUAAGGAUGAAUCCUGCUGCAUGAUGGAAGAGAUAUUUGGUCCAGUGACGUGUGUCGUCCCCUUUGAUAGUGAAGAGGAGGUGAUUGAAAGAGCCAACAACGUUAAGUAUGGGCUGGCGGCUACUGUGUGGUCCAGCAAUGUGGGGCGCAUCCACCGGGUGGCUAAGAAGCUGCAGUCCGGCUUGGUCUGGACCAACUGCUGGCUCAUCAGGGAGCUGAACCUUCCUUUCGGGGGGAUGAAGAGUUCUGGAAUAGGUAGAGAAGGAGCCAAGGACUCUUACGACUUCUUCACUGAGAUCAAAACCAUCACCGUUAAAUACUGAUCUUUGCUAAUGGUGGAGCCACUAUGGCCAAUGCCUGGCUGCAGGCAUCAGUUGUUCAAUGUGGUGGAUGAAAAUCAUGGCAUGAAUUCCAGCUGUGCCUUGACUUGGCAGAAGGUUAUCUCUAGCUUAUCCUCAGUUCUUAGUAGUUUUACCCACUGGUGAAGAGGUACUGUCUAUUUUCAAUGUGGACUCGGAAGAAAAGACUUCUAAGUAGGAAGACAGAACAAUGAUGCCAAACAGUUGUCAAGCUCCUCCCAGGUUAUGUUUUCAUAGUGUUUCUUCCAUCAUCUUCAUUGAACUCUUGGGAAUCUCCAGAUAAUCAGAUUAUUUCAUUUGCAAGUAUAUGGUAAAUUUUAAAAAAUCUACAAUCAGGCACAGUGCCUCAUGCCUAUAAUCCCAGCACUUUGGGAGGCCAAGGUGGGUGGAUCACUUGAGUUCAGGAGUUCGAGAUCAGCCUAGGCAACAUGGUGAAAUCCUGUCUUUACCAAAAAUUUAAAAAUUAGCUUGGUGUGGUGCCCUCUGCCUAUAGCCCCAGCUACUUGGGAGGCUGAGGUGGGAGGAUCACUUGAGCCCAGGCGGUUGAGGCUGCAGUGAGCCAUGAUCGUGCCACUGCAUUUCAGCCUGGGGGACAGAGUGAGACCUUGUCUUUAAAAAAAAAUGCUGCAAAACCAAAAAGAAACAAAUAGCCAUAAUUUGCCAUCUUUGGAGAGAUUAUGGAGAUGUUCUCCUUGUCU